UGUGUGUGUUUUUGGGGCUGAGCUGCCGUACAGGAGGAGGAAGCGAGCCCAUCGCAGACAGAGCCCGGGAUCAUCUCUUUGUUAUUGUUGUACCUGUGUGGCCGCGGGGGAUGCGCUUCAGGGGGAACCGCAAUAUGUUCAGUGCAGCCUGGGCUCCAGCAAUAUGAAGGAUGGAAGAGGACGAGGUGACCAUCCGGGAGCAGAACUUUCACAGCCAAGUUAGAGAAUGCAUCAUCUGCUUUCUGAUGUUUGCCAUCCUGUACAUUGUGUCGUACUUCAUCAUUACUCGUUACAAAAGGAAAGCGGAUGAGCAAGAAGAUGAAGAUGCCACAGUCAACCGCGUUUCGCUUUUCCUUUGCACUUUCACGCUGGCGGUUUCAGCCGGAGCCGUCCUUCUGCUUCCCUUCUCCAUCGUCAGCAAUGAAAUCCUCAUGUCCUUUCCCAAGAGCUACUAUAUCCAGUGGCUAAACGACUCCCUGAUCCAUGGUUUGUGGAACCUCGUGUCUCUGUUCUCCAAUCUGUGCCUAUUUGUGUUGAUGCCUUUUGCGUUUUUCUUUCUGGAAUCAGAAGGCUUUGCUGGAUUGAAAAAGGGAAUCAAAGCGCGAAUCUUAGAAACGUUAGUCAUGCUUAUUCUUGUUGCCCUUCUGGUUUUCGGCAUUGUAUGGGUGGCAUCGGCUCUGAUUGACAACAGCUCCGCGAGCAUGGAGUCGUUAUACGACCUCUGGGAAUUUUAUCUCCCUUAUUUAUAUUCCUGCAUUUCGCUGAUGGGAUGUCUGCUAUUACUUUUGUGCACCCCCGUUGGUCUUUCUCGGAUGUUUGCUGUAAUGGGACAACUUUUGGUUAAACCAACGAUCCUUGAGGACCUCGAUGAACAGAUGUAUAUAAUAAGCUUACAAGAAGAAGCUCUUCAGCGCAAGCUUAACGGGGGACGUUGGGCUGCAGAUUACAAUGCAAAGAAAAUUGAAUGUGACCUCGUCAACGUGAAAUCCCUGAAAUCCAAACUAGAAAGACGCAAAAACGCUUCAGCGUGGGAAAGAAACCUGAUCUACCCGGCGGUGAUGAUACUUCUACUCAUUGUCACGUCCUUCUCGGUCAUACUGGUUUCCUGCAACAUUCUCCGUCUCUUAGUGGAUGAGACGGCGCUGCCCAAGGGUUCAAAGAGGCCAGGCAUUGGGGAUGCUUCCCUCUUCACUUUUGGGUUUGCAGGAGCAGCUUUGGAAAUCAUUUUAAUAUUCUAUCUCAUGGUUUCUUCUGUCGUCGGCUUCUAUAGCCUCCGUUUUUUUGGAAGUUUCACUCCCAGCAAAGACGACACAACGAUGACAAAGAUAAUUGGGAAUUGUGUAUCUAUCCUCGUCCUCAGCUCAGCUUUGCCUGUCAUGUCAAGAACAUUAGGGAUCACACGCUUUGAUCUUUUGGGUGACUUUGGAAGAUUUAACUGGCUGGGAAAUUUUUACAUCGUCGUAGCGUACAACCUGUUGUUCGCUAUCGUCACGACGCUGUGCUUGGUCCGUAAAUUUACUUCAGCUGUUCGGGAGGAACUUUUAAAGGCCAUAGGUUUGGAUAAACUUCAGUUAUCAAACGAAGCUACAGAUUCCUCGUCCCCCAACGGGCACCAGAAAACACUGUGACAUUGUAUCAAAGCCAAGCGGGGGACAUUCUGUUUACUUCUGCUUUGACGGGUCCUUACAAUGCGUAUAGAGAGUUCUGUGUCUUAUGGGAAAAACACACACGUGCGUGGUACAAGUCGGCUCGUGUUCUUUCAUCACGAUAUUAUUAUUUACUUGUUUGUUACAAAGCAUAAACACACCUGCAGAAUGUUACUUUUGUUGCGUUAGGAUUAGGAUACGCUUGCAUUAUUGUGAUCGAGGUGGUUCAGGUCAACAACGCAGAUCUUCUGCUUUGAGUGCUGCAUAUUCUCCGACUGCU